AUGCCGUUUCGAAACUUUCAUUUCCGGAUUCUCCAACACCUCACAGUUGUGCAACAGCCGAUUGACAGUUUGGUUUCUGUAAUCACCGGCAUGCUGCUGUUGUCAGCAGUUUUCGUGAUUGAUAUUGUGAAACUCAUUGGAUCAUCUGUAAAAUGUUAUUCGUAUAAAGAUGUCCCACAAGAAUGGACCGAAAGCCUGGAGAAACUUUGUUACAAGAGUGGCAUGUAUUUCCAAUGGAAACCGAAUAGCAAUCCUCCACGAGAAGUGCCAGAAAACGGAGCUGAGAGAAUAGACUAUUACUUUCUCAGCACCUUCUACCUUCUUUAUGUAGCUUGCAUCAAUUUGAUCAUACCGUACGCUUGGAAUGACCUUCAAAACAUCCGUGGAAUUUCUCUCAAUCAGUUCACGAAGCAUAUACUGGAGCUGAAAGCAACAAUGCCUGCAGACCGUUUGGAAUCAAUGUCUCAUCUGGCACAGUUCUUUCACUACACAAUGCAUCAACGCCAGUCUCUCUGGUUCUGGGGAUUCACCCGUCCUGGGAUCUGGUUGGUCGUCCUUAUCAUCUGCGCAACAUGCUGUAUGAUUCAAACUGUGUUCAAAUUGCUCCGUCACUCUCAUAUCAAAAAGUUGCUGGGCUAUUUGGUGGAUCUUAGAACAGCUAGAGACAAAAGACGAUUCAAAAAGUUUGUUCGUGAUUUUCUCUUGGAUGACGGUUCACUUGCCCUCUAUUUGUUGGAAGAAGUCGACGAAGAAACUGUGGAACAGUUGGCUGGCUUUCUCUACUUAUCAUUUCUGAACAAACACGCACCAUGA